GGAGGAGGAGGAGGAUGGGACACUGCUGAUGCUGAUGCGAGAGCUUUCGGUGUCUGACUGUGAUCAACAUCGGUGGACUGACUGCCAAAUGAUGGAGCUUUUUGGUCUUGUUUUAUACCCAUUUUGUUCUAUUAUUGGCUUCGACGAGGGACGCUGUGACUGAUGUGUUUUUUGAGAAUAAGAUAACUAAGAAUUUAAGGAGAAGGGGAAGGUUUCGUGUCGUCACUCGUCUGGCCUGUCUUGUGACUGACACAGGUGGAUUGCCGCUGGAAAACGGCAUCGAAAUGAAGACAUAAUCUUGGACUAUCGCAGAGGCGACAGUUUCCGUAGUUACCUCUUAAACCGUGGAAUACAGAAACUACCAUUUGGUUUAAUUAAAUUAGGAGAGGUAGAAGCGGGACUGUUUGGCGUGUUAGCUAGCUAAUAGGCUAAUUUGGUUAGCUAGUCAGUUAGCAGCUUCUCUGGCCAAUGGCACGAAAGAAGUGGGAUGCUCGAAGGAGGAGCUAACGUUAGUUGCUAGCAUAAAUUCAUUGGGAGGUUUGACUGUCGGUGUUAGCUAUAUUUAGUAAACCGCCUUGAAAGAUUUAACAUUAUAGCUCGGGGUUAGGUUUGAGUCACGCCGUUUCCUCGCUGCACUUUGGCUCCUCAGCAAAGAAGCUUGCGAUGUAUAAGAUUGGAUAAUCGGCUAAGAAAGCUAAUGUUGACAAACACUGGUGACUUAACCAACGCGUUAAUUUUUUUCGUUUCCAAUUGGCUCACGAGGAGAGAUGCUGUCAGUAGUUCAUUUCUGAGACUUUAUUGCGGUGAUUUACCAGCUUCCAGGCAGAAGUGAAGCAUGUUAACGUUGGAUGUGCUGAAGCGCAAACAAUUGGCAACAACCAGGAGUGGACCUGCCAUGACAGAAAGCCAAAUAGUAGGUCAAAACACAUUAGAGCAAGAGUAUGCCUUUUUGAAUUUAGGUAACAUUGUUGUCAAGAUGUGGAUGGCAACUAACGUUACUGAAGUUAAAACAACAAAUAUGUGUUAAUCCGUUGCCUGACUGACAUUGUUUCUAAACCUAGCCCAACUUCUUAAAACUACACCUACUAGUCUUGCUAAGUUAUACUAUUAUUUAUAAAAUCACAAUACCGGCCUGCAUUUUUUAAAUGUCAGACGAAGGCAAUGCUUGUAGGAAUCCCACACAUUCAUUUCAAGAUGUCAUUGUUGGAGAUGUGUAAUGCCAUUUAAAAAAAAAACAACAACAUGGCAUUUAAGCUAAAGAACUUAAUCUCGACGACAGCAGUGAGAUAAUACGCCAGCUUUCUGAAGUUUGUAAAGUGGAACAGCCAAUUUAAAUGGAACCGACAGUUCUGUCUGGCCCUUUGGGGCACACACAGUGGGAGUCAGAACAGCCAUUUCCUCUCGGAUUUCACACACUGGAUUCAGACAAUGGAGGUGUGCUCUGUCAAAACAAGGGUGACCAGACAGGUUUGGCUUUCAGAAGCGGCGACCAGGAUCAAACAUCCCAACAUGGUGUAGAAAACAACAUUUACCAGGACAAGCCAGUAAAGUUGGACAACCUCAUAAAUAUCACUGUUUUUCCAAGUGGAGAUUUUCUGUUUGAGGGAGAUCAGUCCAAUAUUUCCCAAGCUUCUCUCCAUAGUAGUCAUAUAGAGGAAUUGCCCUUCACAGAAAAAACUGAGGGACCUGAUGAACUUAGUGACUGCACUUUGUCAUGGCUAUUUUCUCCCAAACUCACUGAUGGGAUUGGGAAAAACUCUGCCCAUGAGGAACUGAGUCUGACGCAGGAUGCCUCUCCUGAGAGCCCAAAUGCCCUCAGUAGUCAGGCUGAGCUAAUAAGCCUCAGUGUACCGGUCUCUCCAUCGAAGAUUUCCGACAGAAAUCCCGAGACUGACACACGGGAUCCAUUUUUGUUGGUGGAUCUCCUCUCAAAUGAACACUCUUCCCUCCCACCAGAGUCUUCAGGUGAGUUGAACCAACAGGCUGUCAGUGAGGAGCUGGUAGGCCUGUCGCAAGUGGAGCAGGCAGGUCUCCCUCCCUCGCAGAGCUGGGAGACUUUGUCACACGACACCAGAGACAAAGGUUUAUUAACUGAUCAAGUGACUGUUCUGCCUGUAACCUGGAGCACUACCCUGCAUGGUUUACCUGAGAACUGCCUCCCGCAUAACCACGUCAGCAGACCACUGGAGUGCUUUGAAGGAUCUGUGCCUUUGUUGGAUUUAGAGGUUCCAGAUUGUGACAGCAGUCUGAGCCUGUGUCCUGCCAGUCCUCCCUCUGUUAUCUGCACAGGUCCACCAUUGGAUUUAUCAACCGAGGAGUCGGAGGUGGAACAUGCAGGAGCUACUGUAAAUAGAAAUGUGACUUCAGACCAAGGUGAGAAUGACUCCUUUGCUCUGGGUUUGUCAGCUGAACCUUCAUCACUGACAGUGCCUCUGGGUGAAGAUGCCUUCAACCUGGGUGAUUUCACCAGUGAGAGUUGCUCUGUGGAAAAUGAGUCAAAGGAUUUAAUGGAAGACGAUAUUUGUUCUGAAGCCAAAAAUCAGGGGAAUGAGGCAAUGGCUUUGGAUCUGUCUUUGACUGCUGACCAGGUCCAUGACAAGGAAACUUGGGACUUGAAACCACAGGAGGGUGUACAGAAUGGAAGUGUUCCCGCACCGACAACUGACCCGAGAGAAGAGGAGAGGUUGACAGACGGUAACAAGCUCGAAGGAUCAGAUUGUCAUGAAGUGUCUUCUUUUGAUUUUUCAGUUCAGGAUUUACACACUUCUUCUCCUGAGGCUGCAUGGACUAGUGAGCAAACUGUGGAGACACUUUCGCUCUCUAAUAUGGUGGCAGAUGACUCACUACCAAUGGUUUCAGCUGAGAAUACGAGGGAGGAAGAUGUCCCCCCUCUAAAAGCUGUGUUCGAUGCUUUAGACCAAGAUGGAGAUGGCUUUGUUCGUAUUGAAGAGUUCAUGGAGUUUGCUGCAGCCUAUGGGGCUGAUCAGGUGAAGGAUCUGACCAAGUUUUUGGAUCCCAGUGGACUGGGAGUGAUCAGCUUUGAAGACUUCCACCGUGGAAUCUCUGCAAUCAGCAAUGGAGGUCCAGAGCCACCGCUCUACAAUGUAAACUACAGUCCAGGCGAUGGAGCUGUGGGCUGUCCAGAGGAGUACGAUGAGCAAAAUGAGGUGACGGACAGUGCGUACCUGGGCUCAGAGAGCACUUACAGUGAGUGUGAGACCUUCACCGAUGAGGACACAGGGGCCCUCGUACCCCCCGAGAUGCAUGAGGACGUGGAAACGGACAGCGGCAUCGAGGCCACACUGCACGACCCUGAAGAUGGCGGAAAUAGGUUCUCCCUGAACUCUGAGCUCCAUAACCACUCUCUGGUGACGGUCAUCGGUGGAGAGGAGGAGCACUUUGAGGACUUUGGGGAAAGCAACAGCUCUGAGUUGCUACUGGAGAGCAGCGUGGAGGGGACCGAGGGGGAGGGCCACUCCCCUCUGGUGCAGCCACCUGAGCAGAUCAAUGGCUCCUCACUGCUCUCUCCCAGUGCACCUGCUCCUCUCCCUGACUGCUUUCAGAGCUUCCUCAGGGAGGAGGCGCUGGACUUUUUCUGUAGUCAGUGUCACAAACAAAUAAGUCGUCUCGAGGACCUCUCCACUCGUCUCAAUUUCCUAGAGAUGACUAGCGCUGGCAAGAGGCUCUCCAGCAAGAAAGUAGCAAGACAUCUCCUCCAGAACAGCUCGAUGACUCUGGACACCAUGAGCGACUUGACUCGGGACAUCCUGGAGCUCGCUGACAACGACAUCACAGACAAGGUGCUCCUCCUUGAGCGUCGAGUGGCGGAGCUGGAAAAGGAGUCUGAGUCAUCGGGGGAGCAGCAUACGCGGCUGCGCCAGGAGAACCUUCACCUGGUGCACCGGGCCAAUGCCUUAGAGGAGCAGCUGAAGGAGCAGGAGGUCCACGCCGACGAGAAACUACAGCAGGAGACUCGUCGUCACAAGGAGGCCCUGAUCAAGCUGGAGAGGGAGAGGGGGCUGGAGCUGGAAAACCUGCAGGCCAGGCUGCAGCAGCUGGACGAGGAGAACAGUGAGCUGAGGUCCUGUGUUCCUUGUCUUCGAGCAAACAUUGAGAGACAAGAGGAGGAGAAGAGGAAGCUGCAGGAUGAGACCGAAGCAAUGUGCGACAGGCUGCAGGAAGAAACGGAGUCCCGCAGGAAGAUGGCUGACAAGCUGAGCCAUGAGCGCCACCAGAACCAGAAGGAGAAGGAGUGCACUCAGGAGCUCAUUGAGGACUUGCGUAAACAGCUCGAGCACCUACAGCUCUACAAGCUGGAGGCUGAAGCAAAGAGAGGGCGCACGCCGGGCGCGGGGCUGCAGGAAUAUCAGACCCGCACACGCGAAGCCGAGCUGGAGCAAGAGAUCAAACGCCUCAAACAGGACAACCGCAGCCUGAAGGAGCAGAACGACGAGUUAAACGGCCAGAUUAUCAACCUGAGCAUCCAGGGAGCCAAGAACUUGAUGUCGGCCUCCUUCUCCGACUCCCUGGCAGCUGAGAUCAACAACGUGUCUCGUGUAGAGUUGAUGGAGGCUGUCCACAAACAGGAGGAGAUCAACUACAGACUCCAGGACUACAUUGACAAGAUCAUUGUGGCCAUCAUGGAGUGCAACCCCUCCAUCCUUGAGGUCAAAUAGACUCCGUGCAGCCAGAUGGCCGUGCACAGUGACUCCUCAGGCUGUUAGAAAUACUGGAGACUUGGCUAAAAGAAAACUACCGAGAGGAUGUAAAAAAUAUUUGGACAUCACUUUGGUAGGAAAACACCACGCGCUCAACUCAUCCAACUCCUCACCCCCCCCAAAAAGAGAAGGAUUUAAGAUUUCUAAGAAGUCAAUUGCUGUCAGUGGGGGGGGAAAAAAGCAAAUUUCAGUUAAUAUCCCUGGAGUCUGUACUUCUUUGUGAGUGUAUGUGUUAACUCUCCUGAAUACACUUGGGUUCCUGUGACCUCCAUGUAUUUGGCUAGAGGGACCCGAGUCUCCCCUUGUUGAAUGAGUGAAUGUUUAAAUGUGUACAAGAGGUCAGCACCACAAAGGGUUAGAAAAUCGUCCUGUCCCUUUCCCUCAAAAACAGUGUCAAUGUAAGCUAAAAAAAAAAACUAAACCAGACAAUUCUACAGUACCGAAAGGCCUUAAAUGAAAGGUGAUCAAAGUAUUUAUUAAUUAUGCAUGCCAUACAUGCCUCCAUUCAGUCUGUGACGUGUUACCUGGGACGACGGCGGUGGUGGUAUGGGGGUUGUGAUCUCCUGAACCACGCUGAAUCGUGUUUUAUUCACAAGUGAGAAAGCCGUAUGAAGCACUGGGCAGGAGAUUGGGGCAGCAGUUUUCACUUUUUUCAAUUUGUCUUUAAUGUGUUUAAAGCUUGCAGUGCCGCCUACCCGUCACUAUAACCGUGUGUUCUGUCCUCUAACAAAGUUCACCUGUCUUUCCAGUGAACCCAAGUGAGGGACGUUUCUAGGGGAAGAGGAUGAGAAACGCCUGGAGGGGGAUUUUUGUGUGUGUGCGUGUGUUUUUUCUUUCUUUUUUUUUUUUUGCGCGGUGUUACUUUAAGGUUUUGAAAAACUUGGUCCCAAAUUAAGGAGCUGUGUGGUUUAUAAAUUGCUUCAUCUCCUUUUUUCGUUUUACAAUGAAACAGGGUCCAGGAGCUCAGGUGGGCUGGAAACCUCAAGUAGAAGAAAAAUGCUACAUUUCCCAUCACUCCCUGGCACAAAUCUUAAAUAACCCAAACAUAUCUCACUAAGUGCAGACUGAGUACUGGAACUGACUAAAUGCAUCCUGCUCAUACUGACACGCUCACUCUGUAAACUCUCCAGGCACUUGAACUAAGCAUGAAGGGAAACUGAUGAGUGAUUCUGGGAAUUUUUUUUAGUACAGCCCACCUGACCCCAGUGUUCUCUUGCUGAGUGAAAGUAAUGAGGAGCAAGCUUAUCCAGGUAACCGACCUUUUUCUUUUUUUUUUUUUUUUUUUUUUUUUUACUUUUCUAGCUGCACAGGUGAUUUAUUUUCGGUAAAAAUGUUAUUGAGACAGAAAAAUGCUGAUAUUUGAGUUGUACGUGAAUAAUCAAAUGGUUGUACUUUGCACUAAGUUUUGUUUUGAUUUCAUUAUUGUUUUUUUGUUGUUGUUUUUUUAUAUAGAAAAAACAUGUAUUGUGAAGGGAUCAAAUCAUAAGAUAGUUUAAAGCCUGUAUGAUAGUGUGGGCUGCAGACAUCCCACUCACUAAUGUCAUAUAUAUCAAUUGGAAAUAUUUAAGAAUACUACAAACUACAUUUUGCAGCCAUGUCUUAAGAUGAGGGUUUUUUUCAGCCAUCAGGAGUUUAGAUGAUCUUUUUUUGCCUGCUAUUGGCCAGUUUAAUGUUUUUUUCAGACCAGAUAUAUAAUACUGAAGAGACGUGGCAGACUUUGGUAGCAAUAAUGCUUGGCAAGAAAGUGGAAUGGUGGAGGGCAGACAAAACAAACCUGCUCUUUAUUUCCUCUGCUGAAGCAACAUCUGCUUUUUCGAAGAUGUACGGAGUGCUUUUGGACUGAUGCCGGGCUUAUCGGUACAACGCAGCCAUUACUUUUGGACUGAAACUGGACAUAAAAAAAACCUACCGGACCUCUUGAUGGAUUUCUAGUCGAAUGUUAGUUGGGUAUUUUUUUUUUUUUUUUUUGUCCAAACAGCAUGGCAUCCUGCACCAGUAUGCUAAGAAGAAUUCCUAUUUUUCACCCUGUUCACCUUUUAUGUCAUUGCUCUUCUUCACCUGCCACUGGUAGGUAGGUAAUGGGAAAAAAAAUGGCCUUGGAUGUAAAUGACUUGUACAUGUAAAGUUUUUUCUACACUCAUUCUAGAUUCUAGGUAUUUUUAUAGUCGGAAGAAAAAGAACAUUUCUUCUUCUUGUCUUAUGCUGAGAGACAGCUGCCUGUAUUCUUCUCUAGCAUGUAGCGUGUACAGUAUCUAUUGGUAUUUCGUUUUCUUUCUUUUCCUCGUUUGAAAUCACAUGCCGAUAUUUAUUCAUCAUUUUGACACAAACGACAACUCACACUCUGUGACGUGUUCUGCUGAAUAUAUCUUUGUACAUUUUUGAAUUCACAAAGGGGGAGAUUAAUUCACAGCGAAUGAAUCUGUGAGGAGACUUAAUUGAAUUUGGAGAAAUGUUUAAAGCAUUGUCUUUUGGGUGACUCGCCAUCGUGUGCAAAAAGCUUGAAUGUGACCUGCUCGGGUGGUCGUUUUGUUGAGGUCGUGGCACUCUUCCAUAAUGCUGACGUUGCUGUGACCUCCUCAGGGUUGUGAUUUUUAGACAAAUGGCAGUUUCUACUGUUGUCUUCCCAGAUGGAGUCAGGUCCUGCAUGGAAACGCCAAUUUGUAUCGUUUAUCUCUGAUUCAGUCGUGUGACCUAUGUUUUGACUGACAAAUCAUAUGCUAUAAUUUCCAUUAGUGGAGUUGUGAGACCUCGAAAUGUCAACACCUAAAACCUCAUAGCAAGGCUUUGCCGAGUUCAGCUUCCUGCCUUUUAGUGUGACAGGAGGUUUGCCACAACAGAUUUAAUAAUUAUUCUUUAUGGUAAUGAAUCCUUUUUUGCAUUACAAACAGGAAAUGGGAUGACACUUGAACACAGCAGGCUAUACUACACUUAAUUCUCUCCGUGCUUCAUAUUUACGUGUCUGCGUUUCACAGAUUUGGGACCGGCAACAGAAAUACUAGACAGUGAGACGACAGAGCUGAUAUAACAUUCCCUUUUUAGCAGAGCUGCACUUUAACCACCAAGUUUCUCCAUUUUAACUCUUGCUCUCAAAAUGACCAAAGACAGAUGUUACAACUUAAACUGAUUAUUUUAUGCAUCGGGGUCUGUUAUCUUUUGGUAACUGUUCUGAUAAAUCGACAGACUCUUGAGUUUGCCCUGAAAGAAAACCUAACCCGGCCUGCUAGUCUAAACACUGUGCCUCUGUGUCUCAAACUUUGCCUCGAAACGAACCUGAUGAUGAGCCCUGGGGGAAGCACUGACCACGUUACUGUCAGUUUGUUAAAUCAUAAUGAUGAAAACCUAAACUGUAAAUAUGAAUUGUCGUUAUUUUUUUUUGGGAACUUUUUCUCUCUCACGCUCACUUCCAGUGUCCAAAGAAAGUUUGCUCAAGGCACAAACAUCACUACUGGAGUAGUGCAUGGCUUGCCAUUAUGUGACAUGGGAAGAUAAAAAGAGAAAUAUUGUAGAAAAGAGAAAUUGUAAAAGUUAAAUUUAUUCCUAUUUUCAAAGAUAAAUGUAUAAAUUAUAACAGUAUGGGUUACAGCUGUAUAUUAUUUUUGAAGAUCCCCAAAUGAUCUAAUCCUAAUUGUUACUGGGGAAAUAUAAUUUCUGUCAUUGUAAAAAGAGAACAAUUUAAAGGUAAGCAGUGAAAGUAAGAUUAGAAAAUAAAUGGAAUAAAAUGGC